AUGACAGAAGAGAGAAAAAGAGAAGGGCGAGGCCAGAUCAACGAUGAUCUAGCAAAAAGCGCCCGCCCCGCGACCCACUCAGAUGCAGUUCCUCGGUACGAAAUUCCAUUCCAUGUGGGCCCGAGUGGGGUGGUCUUGGUGCGGGCCAGGGUUUAUGCGGCUUUUCCUUUUCGAGUGUCCGAUGGUGGCGAUGUCGGCGAUGUCGAUAUCGAUGCCGGAGUACCUUACAUUCCAGCCUAUGUCAAGCUCUCUGUUUCGUCGAACGUUGUGAUUAGGAGCCCCCAGCUGGAGAAGUUCCUCUGGCUUAUCAGCGACUACGUUUCCAUCUUCAAUGACCUUGCAGCCGGCGAGAAAUAA